UGUCUACUCAUCAUUAGUGAAGUUAAGUAUGAAUUCAGUGCCUUGUUCAAAUUCUCCAUUUGCAUUUGGUCUGAAUCCUUUGAGGUUAAUAGAUGAUUCUCAGUCACUUUGAGGAUCGGAGAAUCCGUACAGGAAAUUCAAGUUUAUUUUAAACUAUUCUUGAGUUAUACCAGCCUUACCUUUUCACGAGGGUUACGCCUUUGGUUCAGAUAUUUCUUGGUUCUAUAUAUUUUCAUUAAAAGGAAGGUAUUUGUUCGAUAAAAUUAGCAUGAAGAUAGAUGCAAGAAAUGAGCUUUUAGCGAUAAAUUUUGGGGUUCUUAGAGAUUUCUGAUAUGACUAACUUAAAUUCAUUUCUUAUCUAAAAACACACAAUAACGUUUGAAAUUAAUAACUUACCUUUGACAAGCAAAAUCUUUAUUCGUGGGAACAAUCUUGAGCUCUGAUUUAGACUUGUGUGUGAAGAGAGGCUUGGUCUGACACAAGUUGUAGCUGGAAGUUGCGUUGGCUUUUUGGAAAGGGUAGCAAUGGUUCCUUUGUGGGUUUUGGCUGGGGUGGAGAGGAUCUGAGAGAUUUAGAAAGAGAAAACGGUACUUUGGAGAGGAGUUAGAGGGUUUUCGACCAAUUUUGAGCGUUUAGAAUGCAUAAUAGGGGUGGUAGAGUGUCUAAGAGGUUAGGAAGGAGGUACUGGUGAGUCAUGUCAGGGGUUAAUUUGUCAGACUAUAAAAGAGUGUUAGAGAUUUGGUGGUCGACUUUGAAGGUGUUGAUUAGUUCCGCCCAAAAGAUUACCAAUAUUGGUGUUUUAUUUGAAUUUUCAUCUUGCCAUUUGUUUAAUUGUUUGAUAUCCCUUCACUUCAUUUGUAAUAUCUGAUCAAUCAUCAUCACUUGGAAUAAGAUUGGUUUUGUACUCAUCAUUAACAGAAAUGCCAUUUUCUUUGAUAGAAAUGGCACUCUGGUUUGAACCCAGCGUUUUCUUUUGGUAUUGUGUGGCCUUCUUAUUGUUCUUGACCAAUCUCUUUAUUUUCCUGGGGACUAUUUCUUGACAUUCAAUAGUUUUCUCUCGGAAUUUUUUUAAGUUUCUGGGUGAUAACGAAUACUGCCUCUUUUUAAUCAAAUUCUAGUGUUUUUAGGUUUUAUACGAAAAUUAAUAAAAAACAGUCAUUUGGAUGAUAAAAAUGAAGCUAUUGCACGAAGUCUCUGAAUGAUCAGAAUAAGAAGAGAACUGGGAGCCAUGUGCUUACCUUAUGACGCAAACACAGCAUCGCUUUGUUAAUCUUGGAUAGAUUCUUAAAGGAUUUUAGGCCAACCUUGCUUAGGUUGGUAAAUGUUCCUUUCAUUUUAGAAUCUUUUGUUUCCCUGAAGGAAGUCAAUAAAAGGUAGCUUACCUCCAGGUUUUCAAUUGCUUUAAUUUCUUUGGAAAGAACCCUUCCCUAAAGAUAAGGUCAGUAAAAUCCACUUUAGGUCCACCAGGUCAAAAUUAGGGCUUAAAUUACUCUACAAAUAUUUGAAUGGGAAAAAUUGCUGCCUAGGUAUCCUUCGUAUUUGUUUCUCAUUCUGGUAUUUAGAGCAAUUAUUUUAUUCAGGCCUGGAGAUAUAGAGCCAGACCUUGCCUUAGAGUUUUGCAUAUU